AUGCCUGCGGUAAAGACUAACGAUCAAGGGUCGAUUAAGGACUCUUUGGAACCACACGAUACAUCUGACUCAGACUAUGACUAUUCCGACGACGAUGAUGAAUAUGAAGUCUCAUUCACCGAGGCAAGACUUAGGAAUAUCAAGUCUAUCGUACAUACAUCAAGGCGAAUACGCUUACCCAAACGAUCACAUAGACUAUGGAUAAUGUUGUUGAUAAUUGUCUUGUUUAUAUACUCAUUUACUAAUAUGGGGUUUCAGGGAGCAAAGAAUAAUAUUCAAGAAGAUAUAGGAACAUUUUCCGACCCAUUAGAUGAAGCCGAAGGUCAUUUCAUGAGUGAAACAAGGAUAUCGUCUGACAUAGACUCACCUUUUCAAAUUGGAUGUCGGGUACCAGACAUAACUCAGCCAAGGGCGAAUGCGGCCCUCGUGGUAUUAACCAGGAAUUCAGAGGUCAAAAAAGUCAUCAAAUCUAUGAAGUCGAUGGAGAGACAUUUUAACCAGUGGUUUAAUUAUCCAUGGGUUUUCUUGAAUGAUGAGCCAUUCACUGACGAAUUCAAGAAUUCUGUCUUGAAGUAUACGUCUUCCAAAGUAGAGUUUGGCACAAUCCCGGAGAAAGAGUGGAAUUUCAAUGAAGAUAUUGAUAAAGAUGAAUUACACGAGCAUAUUGCCAACCAAGGAGAUAGAAGAAUCAUGUACGGAAAUUCUGAGUCUUAUCAUAAGAUGUGCCGGUUUUUUUCGGGCUAUUUCUACAAACAUGAAUUGGUGAAGAAAAGGGAUUGGUAUUGGAGAGUGGAGCCCGAUGUUGAAUUCUUUUGCGAUUUGACAUACGAUCCCUUUAUUGAAAUGGAAAAGCGCAAUAAGAAGUAUGGCUUCAAUGUUCUUAUUGGUGAAUUGUACUACACUAUUCCGGGGUUAUUUAAAGAGACAAGGGCAUUUAUAAGGAAAAACAACGUUCCAUUGGGUAAUGCAUGGAGCUUGUUUAUCACGGACUAUAAGUACGCAGUAGGUAAAAAUGCUGCCAAGUACGAUGGUUUCAAAUCUAAGUCGGAUAUAUUGCGAGAGAUAGAAAUGAACUUAACGGUCAAGAAGUUCUUAUCAAUGAAGGACAAAACGGAUGAACAAAUCCCCGAGUAUGAUCUGUGGUUACUAGAUGAAGUAAUUUCUAAGUCUAAAAAGCCAGCGUUAUAUGAAGAUAGAAUUGACCUCGAAGAGUACAACAUGUGCCAUUUCUGGUCGAAUUUUGAAAUUGCAAGAACCGACUUGUUUAAUUCCCCAAGAUACGAAGCGUAUUUUGACCAUUUAGAGAAGAGCGGAGGAUUUUAUAAAGAGCGAUGGGGAGAUGCCCCUGUACAUUCACUUGCUAUAGGAAUGUUACUUGACCUCAAGGAUAUACAUUACUUCAGAGACGUUGGCUACAGGCACUCAGGGUUGAGCCAUUGCCCUGGGAACUCGAGAAGAUACCAACUAAAAUAUGAACCAAGCGAAAGGUACUACCAGAAGGAUUUGAGUAAGGACUCGGCAUGGCUUUCGCCAGACAGCCCCCGUUCUAAUGGAAUCGGGUGUAGAUGUAGGUGUCCCAAGACAAAGGAAAUUGAAGAUUCGCUGUCGUCGUGUGUCCGUUCGUGGGCCGAUAUCACCAGUAACAGAUACAUACCUCCCGAACCUGUCGACGUUGAUUUUUGGGAAGAAGAAAUCAAAAACCGUUUAAACAAAUUCCUUGCAACCGGCGGAAUCCUAGGCCAAAACAACAUUGCCGAAAAGUUGCUCAGCUAG